ACAGUAAAGUUUAUGACUGAAUGAUUCAAUGAACAAAUUAUUAUAUAACUCAUGACAGUAGCUUUAUUUGACCCUUUACUCAAGAUUAAUUUUUUGAAAAAUGUCUAAUUACAAUCACGCAAAUGAAGAUAUUUAAUUACAUGGUAAUGUACAAUGACAAAGUAAAGGGUCAAAGACAGAAGUGGAGGAGUGACAGUUGAGUUUAAUAGUUGUUGGACAUUUUGUUUCCAAGAAGUCUAAGAUCCUAGUACUAUAUGUAACCUAUGAAAUAAUGUCUAGAUAAAACCUAACUUCUAACUCAUGCAACAACUCAUACACAAUAAUGUGACUUUAAAUUGAACAGGAUCUACAAAGGAUAAAUAGUAUUAGUAGGCUAAAAUUAGACAUGAAUGAGUGUCAUUGUCAAUAAUACUACUAUAUAUUGAAGUCAGGUUAUGAGUCAGCAUUGUUUUCCAUAUAUGAUUUUCCUCAAUAAGCCCAGUGUUUUGUAUGUCAUUGAUGUUGUGUUGCCAGAUGUAAAACAACGACAUUGUUCAAAUGGUUCAUACUACUUCAAACUCUUAUGUCUUACACUAGAAGUCAGCUUAUUUAUAUACAUGUAUUACAUUAAAUAAUAAGGUUGUGUUUCAAUAUAUAGUGAUACAUGUAAGUGAGGUCAUGUCAUUCCUGAAAAAAUUGUCAUCAAGAAGACCAGAGAGGUUUUUAGAUAGUGUUGAUAUUGAUCCACAGGAAUUGGACCUUGCUGACGAUCAAGAUGAAUUUAUUGACGAGUUUGCGGGAACACUGAAUUUAACAUUACCAGAUGAUGAUGUUAAUAAUGAAGAUAUCCGUGCCUCUCACAUUUUACGCUUUAAUGGAAGAAGAAAUACUGGAUGCAAUGCUGUAUUUGAAGUUAUGUCAGCUGACAUAGUGAAAGAAAAUAGAUCAAGUUAUGUUCUAUAUACAAUACAAAUUAGCAGUCAUACUGGUGAUAUUGACAUAUCAUGUAUAGAACGCCGCUUUUCAGAUUUUGAAAAAUUAAAUACCGUUCUAAGGAAGAGAUUUCCUGAUCAAAUGGAAAUGGUGGCUUUCCCUAGAAAAGUUUUGGUUGGUAAUUUCAGACAGGCAACCAUUGCAACAAGGAGCCGAGCAUUUGAACAAUAUCUCAGCCAUUUAUAUGCAAUUUAUCAAAUUCGCUAUUGUCGUGAUUUUCUGGAGUUUUUCCUGCUGGAUUUUCUGCGAGAUGGCUACAAGCAUCUUCAACAAGAGAGACACCGAGAUGCAAUAAAAAAUCUAGAAUAUUGUCUUCCUAUUACAGAAAAACUUUAUGGCAAUACAAAUUCGACUGUGAUUAACAUUCUAUGUGCUUUAGUUGUCUGUUACCAAAGUAUUGAAAGACUAAGGAUCGCUCAGAAAUACAGCGAGGCCGCAGUAUUAUGUUUUGAUGAAGAUGACGGAGACGAGACAUACAUAGCUGUGUUAAUUCAAGCGAUACGUUUAUCCUGGGAAUUAGGAAAAGAUAAGCAAGAUCUGGAACUAAAGCUGCAAAAAAUAAAAAACAAAAACAUUGAUGUAGAGACCAUACCAGAGUUAAAACUCAUAUGUAAACAACGAUGUCAGAGUAUGUAAGAUGUGUGAUUUUGUUAUGGUUGUCACAAAUGUAUAGGGCGAGGGCUUCCAUGUAUGUAAUAAUGAUAGAUGUAAGUAUAGUACAUGGGUAAAAGGUUUGAAUGGCUUAUUAAAUGCAUAGCAAUUGUAAAUUGGCAUAUAUUUUCACAGAUAUAGCAUGAAACAUUGGAUUCAUUUAAAAUCUAUACUAUCUUUACUUUAGUGUCCACGAACUUACCUAAUUUUGUUAAUCACUUGCCAAAUUAACUGUGAAAAAAAAAUGUAUUUCACUGCUUACUUAUGAUGGCUUCUUAUUGUUUUAUUAGCAUCUAGCUGGCAUAUAUUAAUUUCUACAUGUCAAAUCAGUACUUUUACAUCCAGUAAGUCUAUUUUGUUAAAGGGCAUAUUGUAUGAUACCUGGAACCUUGAAAUAGACACUAAAAGCACACUAAGCCUCAAACAACCAGUAUGGUUGUUACAAUCAGUGCACACAUCUUGUCAAACAUUCAAAGACUAAUAUCUCCGCUCAGAAUAAAGCAACAUGAAUGAAAUUUUCAAUAUAUUCUUUUUGCAUUAUCUAUUUUUGAACUAGUAUAUCAAAAUCUUACAUAAUGCUUCUUUAAGCAUGCAAGCUGUGUAUUUUUAAGUACUUACCCUGUCUAUGAUGAUAUUGUUGAUGGAUUUAUGUUAGAAAGAAAGCAGGGGACUAUUAAGAUGGGUUCGUCCAUCCAUAACAAUAUUUCGAUCAAAAUAACUCUGCUCAAGCCCGUCAGAAUGAAUUUGUAAUGUAAAUAAUUAUUAAAAAUAUUUCACAUAGUAUGAUCCUAUAAUGGACUUGCCUUCUCCACUUACUUAAUUUCAAACUUUAGAAUUAUGUUUUUUAUGAGUAGACAGUUGGGAUUGAAUUAGAGCACUUAGCACUAUUUUCCUUCCAAAGUGGUCCUGCUUCUGCUUGUAAUUCUGCUUGAGGCCACAAUUUUUGACGGAUCUUUUUCAAACUUUAGGAUAAUGGUUUUUAUGAGUAGAUGCCAGUUGGGAUUGAAAUUGUGGCCUCAAGCAGAAUUACACUUGUCAAAGGACCAUAACUCUGGAAGGAAAAUAGUGUUGUCUACUCAUAAACACAAUAAUUCUAAAAUUUAAAUGCAGUUGCUAUUUUUGGUUUCAGAGUUAUGGCACUUUUAUUAGUGUAAUUAUGCUUGUCUGCUCCCCAGAAGGCACAAUUUUUAACCAACCUUUUUUAAAACAUUUUUGGUCCAGAGCUAUGGUCCUUUAAUUAGUGUGAUUUUGCUUGUCUGCUCCCUAGAGGCCACAAUUGUUGACAAAUCUUUUUCAAACCUGGGUAUAAUGAUUCUUAUGGGUCGAAGACAGUUUGGAGUAGAUUUGAGUGCAAUCGCUUUUGUAGUUAUGGUAUAAUAGCCUUUUUAUUAGCAUAAUUUUUAACAAAUCAUUUUCAAACCUUAGGAUAAUGAUUCUUAUGAGCAGACAAUUGAAAUGAAAUGGGGCUUAAUUUCUUACUGUUCUGCUCCGACUGGGCUAAUAAAGACAGGGAUAAGCAGACAACAAAUAGGAUUGAAUUUCAGUGCUUGUCCACUCUCUAGAGGUCACAACUUUAAAUAAAUCUUUUUCAAAACAGAGGAUAAUGAUUAUUAUGAAGAGACCAUAAUUUGGAUUGAAUUGACCACCAUCGCUAUUUUCAUUCCAGAGUUAUGACCCUAUGGGAUAAUGAUUCUUAUUAGUCGACUCAACGACAAUUGAGAUUGAAUUUGAGUGCAAUUGCUUUCUUCAUUCCAGAGUUAUGGUCCUUUAAUUACCAUAUGUUAGUCCCGAAAUGACCUAGUUUGUGUCGAGUGGACGUUAAACCCCAUUUCUCUCUCUCUCUGAAGGGGGAGGGGGACUUGGUGGCCGUAUGGUCAGCACAUGCGCGCUGUAUCAUAAGGUCUGUCAUUGAUUCAGCUGGCGUGGUUGUAUGUGACAAGGUCGCCUGUCCAGCUUCCGCGCUCUCUCUAAUUAAUGAUGUGACCAAAAGCAAAAUAUGCGACAACCCUUGUUGACUGCCCGGACGACUUAGCUGCUGUAGGCGUAUGUUUUGUUGCCUUAGAACCUACCUUGUUUUAUUAAAUUUGAAUUAUGAUUUUUUUCAUUUUUUGCUAAUUUGAAUGGGUUGAUUAUGUACUUCUAAUUGCUAAAUGUUUGAUGGUUUGAUCUCUAGACAUAUUGUGUCUAGUAUGUUUUGCGUAGAUUUAUUUCUAGAGUUUUGGUAUAAUAACUAUUUGAUAAUUACUACAUUAUGAUUUAGAUCCGUUUUCAAUUUUAACAUGGACCUCCCUAACAGAAGGGCAACAACAAUGGUUAGCUAAAUUAACUCCCCAAGUGCAUGAAAACUUGUAUGAUCAGGUGCUUUAUGAAGACAGCAGACUGGCUUCAUGCUCAGCACCAUUUACCUGUAACACCUUUACUAAUUAGAAAUCCUAUCUUCAUUAGUCUCUCUCUCUUCUCUCAAGGACAUAUAAUUAUUAUUUUAUGUUUCUGAUGUUACAGGAGAAAAUUAUGUUUUUUGCCUCUGGAAAAAGUUCAUAUUUAUUUAUCAUCAGAAGAUAGGAGAUGUGUAGGCUGUGAAAUUUGAGACUUAAAAUACAUUUUUUUAUUCGCAGACAUUAAAAUGUGGUCAUAUAUUGCCAUUUCACCUUCAUUCAUAGACAGACUACACUUAUCAUUCUAUCUUUUUGAAAUCCCCGUAUGUUAAUGAUACUAUACUAUAAAGAUAAAAUUUCAACAAUUUCUGUUACUUACUUACGGAGUCUUGAUAUACAUUUGAAACUCCUAUGGAUUAUUUAAAGCACCUUAGUCUUUAAGUCAAUAUUAUUCACAGUCUUCGACAUUGAAAACACAAAUAUUUGUCAAUUUAAAUCAACAUUGAUGUUGUGAUCUUACCAGGAAAAGAUGGACUUAAGACAAAAUAAACAUUUUACCACUGGUACACGAAUUGUGUACCAGAAUGCGUUUCAGCGCCAUUUGUAACAAGGGACUCAAAGAAAGAGGCUAGACAUAUUCCACAAGUCAUUUCAAAUGGUGACACAUAUUCUUAUCUGAAGACCAUGCACAAUAAAUACUACCGGUGUAGACUGGAAUAACAAGACACUAGAGAUUGCCAGUCGAUUGAGACUUCUGGCGUAUUUCGCUGAACAUAAAUGAUUUCAAAUUAGAGUAGAAACGGAAAUGAUUGAAUGUAAAUUAGUUUAUAUACGUGCAUUCAUAUUACAUUAUUAAUAUUAGAUGCGUUGCAACACAUUUGUGUCAAUUUCUAGGUCCCAAAUAUUAGCAAUUUAGCUCUUUUAAAUUUAUGGGAGAAAAAAAACCUAUUGAAUGUCAACAAUUUUGUUAGUUACUUCUAGAUUUAUUGGCCUUGUUUCAUUUGUAGAAUUUGGAAACAAUCUUAACAACAAAAGUUAUCCCCCGAUCUGUCUGCAAUUUAUGUGCAUCAUUAAAAUUAGUGAAAUGCGAAAACAUAUUGAAUUUCAACAAUUUUUAUAAUUACUUUUAGAGUUUUGACCUUUGUUCCAAUCUGUAUGAAAUUUAUAUACAUUAUUCCGAUUAACACCAAAACAAUUUCCAGCUUAUAAAAAAAUCAUUAUACAAAAUUUAAUAAAUAAACCUAAAGAUAAACACAAAAAAUUAACAUGGAACACAAUUACUAUUUUAAAGAUACAUUACUAGGUACAAACUGGGUGAUUUGAUGAUAUAUUUGGACUAAAAACAUAUUCAAACUAAUUAAUUUAUCAUAAAUUUGCUUCAAAUCCUUUUCAAAACAUUGCACGUGACUUACCUCACUCUGUACCUAGCAACAUAAGCGAAGUCGGAGGAGAAUUCAUUGCAUGUGUGACCAUGAUAAAUCAACAAAUAUUUACAAGAGAGAGAUCCGAUCUGUUCUAAACCAUAGCUCACUCUAUUUUUGAAAUACAAUUCUACAAAAUAUAUAAUAGACAAUUAUGACACAUUGACAAUUAAACUAUAAAAUAUUGCUUCUUAGUUGAAAUCUAAAACAAUAGUUCGUUUUAUAGAGAGUUUGGUUAAUGACCAAUACUUAAUCCCUCCAUUGUUUAGACUGUAAUGCUCCAUCUAAAUUAUAUCUGACGUAAUAGCCAGUGGCUAGUUUAAUAAGGUUCUAUAACCCAGGGGCCAGUUGAUAUUCCGUUGUAAAGAGUUAAUUGACUAUGUGUUUUUAUAAGAACAAUAUAUCACUCAUGCCCGUGUCUGUUUAAUUCAACACGUAUCUUACUUGAGAAAUAAAUAUGUAAAUAAAAUAUAUUUAAAAUAUAUUAAUGUUGUCAAAGAUAUGUUUACCAAAAUGGGAAAAGUAACAUUGGUUUUUAAUAUAUAGAAAUCAUAUGACUUAUGUCGGUCAUACAUGCACAAGACGAUGUUGUCUUUAAUCACUGUCUAUUUAUUACAAAUAUCGAAGUCUAAUUAAAUUCUCAGAUUAUCCACUGCCCACCUUGUUUUCUGUGAUUUUUAUCUCAGAAAGUGUUGUACGUCUAAUUCUUCAUAAAGUUUAUCAACAUGUACAUCAAGCGCUCAAUCUCCGCGUGCAACCUUCGACGUCACGCGUGAAGACACUCCUAAUCGUCGGGCUGUCGAUUAGGGAAACCCUUACAUUUUUGUCCUGUAUGUGCUCUAUGAGUGUUUUUCAGGGAAACCAGUAUUUUUCUAGUAAGAUUGGAUAUUUCUACUUUCCAUAUAUACCAAAAUUGUCAAACUUUUAUUGGAAAUAACCACCCGAUAAAUACUUUUCUGGGAACAUAGCUUUAAUUAAAGCAACUAAUUAAGUAAAACUAAAAAAAAACAUCUUUAUCGGUUGAUAUAUGAAUAGUAAAAGGUAAUUUAUAAAAUAUGAUUAAUGUCUUAUUAAAUAAAGCAGAUUGAGAAGUAAUUUCAAUAUGAGAAGACUGUUCUGCUCCCAUUCGUCAAUUGUAGUAGUAAUAAUAAUAUAUUUAUGAUGCACCUAUUACCAAUAUAAAUACUGUUCAAUGGCACAGUUUACAUUUUGUGGAGUUAAAAAAGUAUAGAUAAAUAACACAUAGAAAAAUAAAAUAAAAAUUCACAUUAUUAAAUGAUUGAUAAAAGAAAUUAAAAUGGCAUACACUUAUAAUUAAAAUAUGGUUGUAAAAAAUUAAUAAGAAGAUUAUAAUAAAAUAUGGCAUGUGACUAACAUGUAUUAAAAGCGAUAGUAGUCAACAAACAACAAAAAGGUUUUAAAUUGUUUUAAACUUUCAAUGCUAUCAGAUAGUUUAAGGUAUUCAACAGAAAAGGAGAUGGGUAGGAAAAAGAGCGUUUACCAUAAGAUGUAGAAGGAUAAAAAUGUGUAAGCAAAUUGUUAUUUUGAGAUCGGAGUGUACAGGAAGGAGUAUAUAGUGAGAUAAGUGAUUUAAGGUAAUCUGGUGAAUUAUCUGAAUGUAAUGUAGAUUAAGUCAGUGUAAGUAUUUUGAAAGUGAUACGGUGUGAUAUAGGAAGCCAAUGUAGAUCAUGUAAAACAGUAAAAAUGUCAGUAAUAUGAUUGGUAGGUUUAGUUUUGGUAAUAAUUUGUACUGCUUUAUUCUAAGUUUUCUGGAGGAGAGACAAUUUAUUUGCAGGAAGACUACAUAGUAGGGAAUUAAAGUAUUCCAAACGAGAUGUAACAAGAGUAUUCACAAGCAGUUUACAGGUUUCAUUGUCAAUAAAGUUUCUUAUCCGAACUAUUUUAUAUAGUUGAAAAUUUGCUGAUUUACAGACUGUUAGUUCUUCUCGACCUUGUGGCCACAUUUGACACUAUCGAUGACCAAAUUCUUCUAGACCACCUCCAGGCAUCUUUUGGAUUGGAUGGUUGUGUGUUAUUGUGGUUCGUCUAUUACCUCACAGGUCGCAAACAGUUUAUUUCAGUUCGCCAUUCCUUCUCAAUGGAGGUUUUGUUAUCAUGUGGUGUUCCCCAAGGAAGCGUGCUUGGUCCAAUUCUGUUUACGUUGUACUCGUCAGAGUUAGGGAAUCAUAUCAACAUCACCUCUAUGGAGAUAACACACAACUGAUAGAAAAGUUGGACCUGUCAGUUGAGCAGCGUGAUAUUUCCAAUAUCGAAUGUUGUAUUCAAGACAUCAAAGCAUGAACAAACAUGGUUUUAACCACAUAGUAGUUAAAGAAUCCAAAAAACAUGGAUUUAACCCCAUAGUAGUUAAAGAAUCCAAAAUUACUCUCUCCACAUCAGUCAGAAAUUUAGGUGUCCUCAUAGAUUUCAACUUAAUUAUGAACAGUCAAAUCAAUGAUGUCAAUGGAUCUAGUGCAGAUGAACAGGACAUAACUACUUUUUUGAUUUCACAUGUUGUUACCUUUUCAAAUUGGGACAAUGAAGUACAGUUGGGGAUCCUUUCUUCCAAAAUAUCAGAUGUUUGGUUUUGAGAUUGUAAAUCAUUCUGUAUUUUAUUUAUUGUACACAUUAGAUGCCUCACUUUCUAUACGCCCACAUUGAAAUGUGGUCGUAUAUUGUUGUCGCCCCCGUCCGUCUGAACGUCGUCCACAAUUGCUUGUGGACGCUCUAUAGGCUAAAGUUAAGAUCCGAUUGACUUUAAAUUUAUACAGUGUUUAAGGUCAUGAGACGAAGAAUCCUAUUGAUUUUCAGCAAUUUUUGAUAAUUACUGCCAGAGUUAUGGCCCUUGAUCACUUAAAAAAAUCUUGUGAACGCUCUAGAGGUCAAAGUUAAUAUCUGAUUGAUUUAUACACGGUGUUUAAGGUCAUGAGACGAAGAAGCCUAUUGAUUUUAAAACGAUUUUCGAUAAUUACUGCCAGAGUUAUGGCCCUUGAUCACUUCAAAAAAUCUUGUGGACGCUCUAGAGGUCAAAGUUAAUAUCUGAUUGACUUUAAAUUUAUACACAGUCUUUAAGGUCAUGAGACGAAGAAGUCUAUUGAUUUUAAGCGAUUUCCGAUAAUUACUGUCAGAGUUAUGGCCCUUGAUCACUUUGAAAAAUCUUGUGACGCUCUAAAGGCUACAGUUAUAAUCAGAUUGACUUCAGAUUGAUACAGAGUUUAAGGUCUUGAGACAAACAAGUAUAUUGAUUUUCAAUGAAUCUUUAUGACUUGUACAGCUAAAUCCAUGAUGUUAAAAGUUUGGUAUACUAAACCUUAGCAUGGGGCAGAACUUUAUAAAAACCAAACAAAUUCUAACGGUUUUCUGAUAAUUACUAUAGAGUAUUAUAAAUGUUUCAUUACCGAAAAAAGUAAAAAAUAUGCGACAACUCUUGUUGACUGUCCGGACGAUAUAGCGGCUGUGGGCGUAUGUUUCGUUGCCUGGCAACCUAUCUUUGAAAUCCUUAUAGAACUUUAAUAAGCUAUGAUAGGGGUUUUCUUUUUGUGCAAUCUCAUACAUUAAUAAUGUAACUAAAAAUACAAAUUUUAUUAUAAGCUAUCUGCAUGGAAUUGGAUUUUUAUUGCUUACGCACCUAACAGUGUGGAUUUCACUGAUUUCAAUAAAAUUGGAUUACACAGUUUUUUUAUGAAUGGCUGCUGAGAAAUAUCCAAUCUUAUAGUAGGAUGCUCCAUCAGUAUGCUAGGUUAUGUUCCUGGUUAGCACAAACUUACAUCAUACUCUGUUAAGUUACUAUGUCACUGUGAACAUGCAGACAUUAUUUAAAAAAAAAAAAACCAAAAACUAGAUUUACGAAGGCAUUAAUACCCAAUAUAAAUCUUUAUUCAUGUCACUGUAAGCGGAACAAAUAUUGUGCGCAAGUAUUGAGAAAUUUGCUUAAAGAGAAAAUGUGAUUCAACUGUUAACAGUAAAUUGUCUUUAAAUUUAUACACAGUGUUUAAGGUCAUGAGCCAAAGAAGUCUUGAUUUUCAAUGAUUUCUUCGAGAUUUAUGGCCACCAUGAUGAUCACAUUAAAAAGUUUUGAGGACACUCCGAUUGGCUUGAAAUUGAUACACUUUGUUUAUGUUGACAAGUUAAAUUUCAACUACCAAUAUUUCCAAUUAUUAUUGCCAGAGUUAUAGCCAUUGAUCAAUUAGAAAAAUCUUGUGAACACACUAGAUGCCGAAGUUAUCAUCUGAUGAAAAUUAUUCACAUGAAAUUCAUGAGACAAAAAUAAUGAUUUUUAAUGAUUUACAAUAAUUACUGUCCAAGUUAUAGCCUUUGAUCUAUUUGAAAAAUAUUGUAAACACACUUGAGGCUGGAGUGAUCUGAUUGAAAUUUAUUCACAUAAAAUUCAUUUUCAGCAAUCUACAAUAUCUUUCAUGAUGAGAAUCUUUGGAGCACGUUAUCCAAAAUCAAUAAUUUCUUUGUUGUUAAAUCUUUUAAAAAUGGACAUUGUAUAUGAACUGUAACCAUUUUUUGCUGAGGAAUUGUUUAUAGUAAAUAUUGAAAUAAUGAUAAAAUAAGGUAAGGUAAUAGAAUAUGUUAAUACCUGCAGCUGAGACCUGUCACUUGAGGUUAAAAGUAAGCCAGUCGAUUGUCCAUGGAAUAAUCAAACAUUUGUAACGUCUGUAUAGUCUUAAUUAAAUAUAACACUGUCUGCUUCCGUACUAUAGUGUUGAAAAUAUUCUAAAUAUCAGUUUUUAAAAUGUCAAACUGUCCAGCAGUUGCAUUAAUUUUACUUCAAAAACUCUUCUUAAAAUGUCAAACUGUCCAACAGCUACAUUAAUUUACCUCCUCAAAAUCUUCUUGAAUGCUUUUGGCAUCAUAAGUGAAGGUAUAUGGUUCUAGACUUCGUGCUAGAUUCAAAUUUAUGAAGAAUUUAAGUCCAAACAAGUAUUGAGUCACUAACUGAAUACUACUCCAAAGCAUAUUGAUAUUUGUUUUUUUUUCUAAAAUGAUUUAUCAGUCUAGAGAUUUGUUUGAGUAUCAUUGACAUUAUAGCUAAAAUACUGUCAUCUAUACGAACAAACAUCAUCAUUCAACUGGAAUCUCACAAAAGCUUACAAAACUAAAUUUAGUGUCUUUAAUUAAAUUUUAAUAACACUGUCAUUUGUAUUUAAAUGCUAAACAUGUGUCAUGGGCAUGGAUUUUCAUCUCGACCAACAGUCAAUACAGGACAAUCUGUAUGGUGUUAUAUAUUAUAUUCAUAGGCAGUAAUAAUAUUGUAUAUAAAAAAACAACUUUCAUAAAUGUUUCCAAGAUACAUUGCAUUUGAGUAAGUUCACCUAGGUAAUAGAUUUCAGAUCGCUUCGACAUCCACUAUUGAUUAUAUCCUGCAAAAAUAUUUCUUUUGAAUUUCUAGAAACAUGGCGAAAUAAACCCAAUUGCAAUCUUUCACCAUUUUCUCAUCUUCUGCUUUAUUUAAGAUACAUAAAAACUAAAUAAAAAUUUGUAUUAUGUUUCCUCUAAAAGGAAAAAUGUGUUUCUCAUGUUUGAAAUUUAUAUGUUGUGGAUACAUGAGAUUUUGAAAAAAAAUCUUGCAUGACUGAUAUAAGAUGGAACUAAUUUUAUUGAUUAUUUCACCAAAAUUGGAUAAAUUUCUAUUUAUAUUAAAAUUUUAAUCAAGUAGAUCAGUGAGCUUGCCAAUAAAAUGCCUUUUUAUUCAAAAAUUCUGUGGCAUUAUGCUAUACUAUAUUAAAGUGUGAGUCUUUUGACCUUCUGCGGUAUAGCCUUUGAAGUAACUAGGUCUUCUUUUGUUAGAUAAUUUAAUUUCUCCCUUGAUGCUUAUUUUUUAUACUCAGGCUAUCAUUUAUCAAUUAUGAUUAUAUAACAGAAAAGCUAACCUUAAUUCAGUUUUUAGCAUUAUGUUCCUUUCAUAGAACUGAAUAGCAAAUUGAAGGCUAUGUGGACAAUUCAAAUUCAAAAAAAGGUAUUAUGAAAUAAUGAUUUUAUAAAAUUUGUAAAUAUAUAUUAUACAUGGUGGUUGUUAAUAUCACAAAACACUAGAUAAACUAUGAUGGGAUAUAGACAUUUUUUAUAUACUAAAAUACGAUGUUAACACAUAAAAUACAUGUGUCAUCUUUGUGAAAAUAUUCAUUCUACUUAAGUUUUAUAAAUUUCGAUGUUUUUGCAUUAAUCUAAAGUCAGAUGUGACUUAUGUUUUGUUUUAUCUUGUGUAUUAUUUACUACAAUGUGUAAAAACCAGAAGAAAACAAACCAAACAUAAAUGAACUCUGACUCUAGCUUAAUGUUAAAUUUUUUUUUUUUUUUUAUUGUAGCAUUCCAUUAUUUUAUGUUAGAUAAUAUUUAUUAUAUUUAUACAUAUAUUUGUUUUCCAAUAUUGAUAUAAGUAAGUAUAUUUUGAAUGUAUAUAAUAGUUAAUCAUAUAUUAUUUACUGUACAUAUAUUUGAUUAUUUUGAUAUUAUUAUUUAUAUAAUAUAUCAAAUAGAAGUAUUAUUAUCAUCUUAUGAUAUCUCAUAUAAUUUUCUUUCUUGCCAAAAUAAUUUGAUAAAUUUUAAAUUUUGUAUUAGUA